AUGGCCCCCGACAAAGUCACCGUUGAGACUCUGCCAGAGCUCCUCAAGAAUGACACCAAGGUUAAACUGGCCGGUGUCGAUGCCGAUGGAGUGCUCCGAGGAAAACUGAUCUCCAAGAACAAGUUCCUCUCCGUUGCCAAGUCGGGCUUCGGUUUCUGCUCUGUCAUCUUCGGCUGGGAUAUGCAUGACCAGACCUACUUUGAAGAGCUCAAGGUCAGCAACAAGGAGAACGGCUACCACGACAUUAUUGCCAUUCCCGACCUAAGCACCUUCCGGCGCAUUCCCUGGGAGGACGACGUGCCCUUCUUUCUGGUCAGCUUUUUCGACCCCGACACCGAGGAGCCCAUCUGUGCGUGCCCACGAGGCCUGCUGCAGACACAGCUGGAUAAGCUCAGGAAGCAGGGCUUUGAUGCCAUGGCCGGCGCAGAGUUCGAGUUCUAUCAGUUCAAGACUCCCCCGACCACCGCUGGCGAGUCGAACCCCUCGGCAGCUGCGUUCCUGCGCGACAAUCCGCCGCACGCUCUGCCUGCCUUGACGGAAGGCAUGUUUGGCUACAGUCUCACCCGUCCCAUCCACAACAAGGACUACUACUAUGACAUCUUCGACUCGUGUGCCAAAUUCCAAUGCGACAUCGAGGGCUGGCAUACGGAGAGCGGGCCGGGUGUCUUCGAGGCGGCGCUAGAGUUUGGGCAGAUUAGCGGUAUGGCCGAUCGAGCUGCUCUGUUCAAGUACGCUGUCAAGUCCAUUGGCACAAAGUACGGCAUCACGCCGUGCUUCAUGGCGAAGCCUCGACACGGUCUGCCCGGUAACAGCGGGCAUGCCCAUGUCUCCGUCGUCGACAAGGACAAGAAGAACCUGCUCUGCCGCGAGACCAAGGAUGAGAAUGCCCCGUGGUCCGACAUUGCCUACCUGAGUGAUCUGGGUCGCCAUUUCCUGGCUGGCCUAAUCGAAGGUCUGCCUUACAUUAUGCCCAUGCUUGCCCCCACGAUCAACAGCUACAAGCGACUUGUCGAGAACUUCUGGGCACCUGUCACUGUUUCGUGGGGUCUGGAGCACCGCGCUGCCUCCAUUCGGUUGAUUUCGCCGCCGACCUGCAAGCCUGGUGCAACGAGAUUCGAGGUCCGCGUGCCAGGCGCCGACACGAACUCCCACUAUGUGAUGGCAGCCAUCCUCGCGUUGGGCUGGCGCGGCGUGGAGAAGAAGCUGGAGAUCAAGCUUCCGCCUCUGGGCAAGGGCCAGGAUGUCGGCGGCGGCGCAGACCAGGGCGCUCGACUGGCCAAGAACCUGAAGGAUGCAACGGACCUGUUCAUGGCCAAGGACAGCAUUGCGCGUGAGGUGUUUGGUGAUGAGUUCGUUGAUCACUUCGGUGGCACCAGGCGCCACGAGAUCCGCCUGUGGGACGAGGCUGUCACCGACUGGGAGCUCAAAAGAUAUAUCGAGACUGUCUAG